AUGCAAGGUGUUGUUGACGGCAUCCGGGCUAAUAACAGGUCGGUCUACUACCACCAGAAGUUCCGCCGUGUCCCUGACCUGACCGAGUGCCAGGAGGGAGAUUACCUCUGCUACUAUGAAGCAGAGAUGCAGUGGAGGAGAGACUAUAAAGUGGACCAGGAGAUUGUAAAGGUGGUCCAGGAACGUAUGAGGGCCUGCCAUCAGAGGGAAGGAUCCAGCUAUGAGCAGAACUGUGCCAGGGAGAUAAACCAGUUCAACGAGACAACAAAGAACUUCCAAUCACGCUAUGGGGACCUGGGAGCGUACGCCAGCGGGAGGAAAUGUCUAAUGAAGCAAAAAGAAAGGAUGAUGGCAGCUCAGACCCAGACUGCUUAA